UGCCGAGCGCCGCGCCGUCAGUUUGCGUCUGCCUAGGGUCGCGACGUCCUCGUCUGCACGUAGCACUGAGAUCGCGCCUCUUCGCCGCUUCGUGUACGCGAUCGAACACCGACGGCCGACGACGUCACCGUCGACGACAUCCCGUUACAAGGGAUUGUAACAAUUGUAACACUCCGAUCGCGAUCGAUAAAUUGAAACCACGUGACUGAUCGCCGCGUACAUCCUACCUUCUUGGCGAUCGACUGGUCCGGGGGAAGUUUGAAGGAAUCCUCGGGUGUUCCGGGGUGACCUGAGAAUUCUCAGAAUUCUCCUAGGAUCCUUGAGAGUCCUUGGAGAAGUUUGCGAGAUAAGUCGAGGGACUUUGCUAACACUCCGGAAGCAACUCCGGCGCGUUUGAGAUAUCUCGCGAAAGUUUAAAGAGACAUAAGAAAGCCUGCAGAUUUUUGGAUAAGUUUACGAGAUGGCGAAUUAGUUUGUAAAAAGCUUGGAAGUCGCAAGUUUUUUUUUCUGAGGGAGUAGAUCUCGAAAUUUUUAGACGUGUGGAGCAGUUGGAAAGUGUUUGGGACAUUAUCAAGGGUCACUGAAAACUCUGACUAGUUUUCAAGAAUCUCCAGACAUCUCGCAGCGGGGAUUAGAAAUUCUUUGGCAAUUUGCGAAAAUUUCUACAAAAGAUCCAACGCGAUUUCAUCCUUUGAGAAUCGUAUUCCAAGGUUACCGAAUAACUUUUUGCAUCGCGUAGAUUUUUGGUCACGUGGCCAGAGAGUUUCAAAACUUUCGAGAAUCCGUUCUGAAAUUCGCGCUUGAAAAGGAAGGACUCUUUCAGUUUAUCGCUAUUUUUAUAAGAUUUAAAAAGGAGGGAAGACUGACAAAUCAAAAAAAAAAAAAAAAACUAAUUAAAAAUGAGAUCGAUAAAUAAUUAAUUUAUCCGGUGUUUCACGAGCGUCUUGCGAUCUAUCGAUCUGUCGAGGAUUUUCCACGAUAUCUUCAUCGCAAAUUCUCAGCUGACGAGUGUUUCUCCAAGACUCUGAAUCUUUACCGGAGGAUAUUUUCACUCCGCAGUUCGAGGACCUUAAAGUGAAAGAGCUUGACGUUUAAAGAGACUCUGGUUAUCCUGCCCCGUCAUGACUUCGAAGAGGUCUGUUUGAAUAGUCCUGAAUACAGUAAGAACGACAUAAGUGGAAUUAUCGAAGACCAAUAAGACCUUGAAGUUGAUCGAUCUGCGGUCCGAUAUUUUUGAGGGAUCGGUGAAUUCAAUUCAGCGACUCAAAGGGACAGAGGGUAGAUGGAUCUAUUUUGAUAUCUGACAGAUUUGUUCUCUCCGCUGCAGCAAUUACGUACCGAGCUAAGGAUUGAUCUCGGGAGGGAGUGUGUGGAUCGUGCAUGUCCGAAGUCGGCGAUUCGCAAAUCACGGCGAUGAAGAUGAGCAAAGUGGGCAACCAGACGAACUCGCAGGACCCACAAGCGGUAAAUUCACGCGUUUUCGUCGGAAACCUGAACACAUUUCAAUGUAGCAAGACCGAUGUGGAACGAAUGUUCCAACGCUAUGGCCGCCUAGCCGGUAUCUCUAUGCACAAGGGUUACGCAUUCGUGCAGUUCACAAAUCCGUUUGACGCACGCAGUGCGUGCCUCGGUGAAGAUGGUCGCACCGUCCUCAGCCAGAUUCUCGAUGUGAACAUGGUGGCCGAGCCGAAGCCUCAUCAAACUGGACGCAAGCGACAAAACGUCUCCAAAACCGGCAAUGACUGGGACUACUACUAUGACAGUUACUACGCGUCGACCGCGUUUCCGCCGCGCUUAGCACCGCCGUUAAAGCGACCGCGUUUGAUGCCACCGACACGAGCACAGCAUCCAAAGCUACAGAAACAACAAUCGACGGCAAACACCGGCACGAUACCCGACUUGAAUCAACUUAAAGUGUACAGCAAUCCAGAUAUACUGAUCUGCGGCAACUGCAGGGAGAUGUUCACGGAACUCGGGGAGCUGUUGGAGCACAAGCGGAACUACUGCAAGCUGCGGUUCACAUGUAAAUGUCACACCUUCAACGGAGCCGCCCCAAGAGACUCGACGACAGCGUUGCUCUGCGUUCUCUGCAAGUUAUCCUUUCCAAGUGCUUGGGAAUUGAUGGUCCAUGCCCAGGCAGCUCACAUGAUCAACAUUUACGAGCUGGGCACAAGAGCGCCGAGCCCGUCACGGAGCCCUAGCCUUGACCAGCCAAAGGAGUCGUCGCCUUCCCCGCAGGAUUUCCAGGAAAUCAAGGCUACGGAUUGCGAAGAGCGCGCAGAGGAGGAGGAACUUGAUGGACACGAGUUAAUACCGUCCCCCGACAGUGGCAAGUCAACGGACAACGAAGCGGCUCUGUCGCCGAUCAAGAUUCGAUCUGACGUUAACGGGUUGGAUCACGAGGACUGCGACGAAUUGAUCCACGUCGAGAACACCACGCAGGCGUGCAUCAUGCAUACUCUCAGCAUUGAUUCGUCCUUGGAGCUAAAUUCUGACACGAACUCGAGAACAACUUCUGGACCGGUGAUGGCCUUGACCAAUGGUUCAUUGUCGGCAAAGGAGUAAAUGAGGAAAAAGGAAAAAAAGAUAUUAAAAGAAAAGAGAAUAUUCAUCGGAACGGUCUUCCCCGGCCAACCAACGAGACAUAUCGAUCUCCUUUAAGGAUAACGCACCCGUUUGUAUAUAGCUUAAUUGCCUAACAAAUUAUAUUCAGGAUCGUUAGAUCCCGUGGUCUAUGCCGGCUGAUCGAAUAUCGAUCAUCUUCCCAAAGAAAAAAAAAAUAUCAGUUCUAUUCUGGACUUUUUGCGCACUUGCAAUUUCGCUUCAAAUAUUAAUUAAAAGUUAACCCAAAUGGAAGCAGACUAUUGUGGAAAGUCAAUCGAGUUUAAUUACUUCGAUAUUACUUUCUUUUUAAUGUUAAUUAAAUUAUUUAUUUAAAUAGAAUUUUCACAAAUCUGAUAUGAUUCAUUUAUAUGAUUCUAAAUUUUGAGACUUAUAGAUUUUUUUAAUUUUCAGCGUUUCAUAUCCUGUUAAAAAUCUUUUAAAAGUUCAUAGCUUCUGCAUAAGAGUUUUAAAACAUUAUAUUUUCAUUUAUUAAUUCCCACAUUGAGUUAUAAAACUUUGAAAUUUUCAAACUAAUAAUUUUUUUUUUUUUUUUUUUAAUUAUUGAAUACUGCUUUUGUCUAGCUCCUAAACGUUUGAAAUUUAUCAACCACGAGAUUUCAAAUCCACAUAACGCAACUGUAAAUCACGGAUAAUUUUAUAUUUAGAAGAUUGUAUACAAUAUAUAAGUUUAUUAUUAUUCAACUAUAUAAAAUCAAGUGCUUUUGCCAUCUCGGUGGCAAAAAUAUUGAAGAUAAGAGUAUUUGUCAACAACAUAUUAGCCAAAACGAAACAUCAAUGGAUUUAAUAUCUCUAGAAAUCCUAAAAAAAAUUAUUUAUUACUUCCAACGAAGAUUUAAUUAAUUUCACCAACAAAUAUUGUAACAUCGGUAAUACCGGAUAUCAAUAAUCCUUGGAUAUUGGCAAGGUGUUGUUUGUUAAGAAAACAAAGAAAUGUCUUGUACCUUCCUUUCAUAGCAAUCGCACAUGCGUAUAGAUUAAAAACAUAGAUUGCCAGUUUAAUUAUUUAUGAAAGAACAUAUCUCCCGAUAAAGAAUGUGAUGUCGAUGGCGAACUAAUAACUGAAUUACCGCCGAUACGAAUUUAAACUUCAAUCAUUACUAAAACGACAAGUCCAUUUCUCUACUGUUACCUACUCCGUUCUAAUUCACUUUCAUUUUGAGAUUUUUAAUCAAUCAUACUACACGCAAUUUAAAUAAUUGUUACAACUAUUUUAAGAAGGAAACGUAGCAUAGAGAAAGCGAGAAGAGAGGAGGCUCUGUUGGCGGCUAUUAUACAAAGUCUAUGUUACUAUAAUUCUUUGUUAUAUAUCUAUUAACUUCACUUAUAGAUGCUUAAAUCUUUACAGAUUUAUCUAUAUAGUAUAUAGAUAAUUUUAAAUAGUUUAAAUAAUUAUUUUAACGUAGCAGUUUAAGUGCCCAUGAAAUUACAAAUUUAUAAAUUUCCAAAUAUAUAUUUAGAAAGUCUAUUACAUUUAAGAAUUUUUUAACACUUUGUAUUGUAUGUAUAUUACUGUUCAUUUCGAAAUUUAUUUAUGCAAUUCUUGAUUUACAAACGUGAGUACGAAUCAAAACGGUCACAUGCACAUACGAAUAUUUGGAGUAAAUUAUUAUCUUUUCUUUACAGGAGAAUGUAACACAUUCUAUUUUUGAUCAAUUUAUUGUCUUUAAAUGUUUCUCAUUAUUGCGAUUUGCCAUUAACAGCUCCCGCAAUUUAUGCAUAUCAAAGUCCUAUUAAAAUCUAGAUAUAUCGUUUUUCGGUACUGCGUGCACAAUUCGUAAAUGCAACGCAAUCGCGAGAAAAUAAAGAUACCUAUCAUCGACAGCCGGAAAAAAAAAUAAUAAUCGGUCGAGCUUUUACGAGGCCUGACGCGCUUCUCUUCCUGCGUUUUUUUCUUUCUGUAAAACAAGAUAUUUAUUACACGACUAGAUAGUAGCGACGAGAGUUAUUUGUUUAUAGCCCCAUAUAUAAACAAUGUUUUAUGGAUCAUUAAUGUCUAAAUAAAAUAUAUUACGUCUUUUAA